ACCUCAAACAACACCUUGCCACUUUCCUCACUCACAAAUUCACAAUCUCUCUCUUCCCAACAAAACAAAACAAAACACUCUUUUCUAUCCUCUGUUGUUUUUUCCUAUGUUUCAUCCUAUGGCUCUGUUUUCCUCUAUUACACUCUGCAUGGUUCUUCUCUCAUCCUUCUUUUUCUUCACAUGUUCCUCAUCAAAACCCAAUAACCACCAUGCAAACGAUUCUUUCUCCAUCUCUUUCCCUUUAACAUCUAUUCCACUUUCCACAAACACAAAAUUCUCCACCCUCUCAUCAUCUUCUUUAGCUGUGAAAUCAUCUUUCAAAUAUUCUAUGGCUCUUGUCGUGACUCUCCCCAUUGGAACACCACCACAGCUUCAACAAAUGGUUCUCGACACAGGAAGCCAACUUUCAUGGAUUCAAUGUCACGACAAAAAAACACCACAGAAAAAACAACCUCCGACAACAUCAUCGUUUAAUCCUUCUCUUUCCUCUUCUUUCUAUGUUCUCCCAUGUAACCACCCACUUUGUAAACCCCGUGUUCCCGAUUUUACCCUUCCCACAGAUUGUGACGCUAAUCGUUUAUGCCAUUACUCUUAUUUCUACGCUGACGGAACUUUAGCCGAGGGUAAUCUCGUCAGAGAAAAAAUCAAUUUCUCUCCUUCCCAAACUACCCCUCCUAUUAUCCUCGGUUGCGCUACUCAAUCUAACGAUGCUAAGGGUAUUUUGGGAAUGAAUCUUGGUCGUCUUUCGUUCUCUUCUCAAGCUAAAAUAAAUAAAUUUUCCUAUUGUACCCCUUUAAAACAAACCCAACCCGCACCCGGUUCGUUUUACCUCGGAAAUAACCCGGAUUCGUCGCGGUUCCGUUACGUUAACUUGUUGACUUUUAGCCAAAGUCAACGCAUGCCAAAUUUGGACCCCUUGGCCUACACACUCCCUUUGCUAGGAAUCAGCAUUGGUGGGAAGAAAUUGAACAUUCCACCUUCGGUUUUCAAACCGGAUGCUGGCGGGUCGGGUCAAACCAUGAUUGACUCCGGAUCCGAAUUCACUUAUUUUGUGGACGAGGCUUAUAAUACCAUACGUGAAGAGUUGGUUAAAAAAGUGGGACCCAGAAUUAAGAAGGGCUACGUGUACGGUAAUGUGGCUGACAUUUGUUUUGAUGGAGAUGCGAUUGAGAUCGGACGGUUGGUGGGAGACAUGGCGUUUGAGUUUGAGAAAGGGGUGCAAAUAGUAAUUCCAAAAGAAAGGGUUCUUGCUGAGGUGGAAGGUGGGGUCCAUUGUUUUGCAAUUGGAAGGUCAGAAAGAUUGGGUGCGGGUAGUAACAUUAUUGGCAACAUUCAUCAACAAAAUCUAUGGGUAGAAUUUGAUCUCGUCAAUCGUCGAGUUGGAUUUGGUGAGGCCGAUUGUAGCAAAUCGGCUAAAUAAUGCAUGAGAAGGAGAAAAAAAAUGGAUUCUUGUAGUCGAGAUAACAUACACUCAGACAUUGAAAAUCGUUGAAUUUAGAUCAGAUGAUUUAUAUAAUAUUAUCGUAAAAUUUAAAUCGUCUGAUCUUAUUUCAACGGUUAUAUGAUACCAUGAGUUAGGAUUUCUCGAUCACAUGAAACAAAUAUUAGUCUACAUGCAACUAUCACAAGUUGGCAGAAGUCUCUAUUUUAACUUUAUAGGUUCCACUUAAUAUUUACUAUACAAAUGAAACAUAAAUGUGUGAGUUGUGAUUGAUGAACCCAAUGAUGUUUGCAAUAGGAAAGGUCCACACGAGUGAGAGUGAUGAAGAAAAAGUAAGAAACAAGUCAUCCGUGUUGUAGGGGUAAGUAAACGUCAAUGGAAUUGGAAUGUAGCAAAAAGUGUGGGGUUACAUGAUGCUUCAAAGGACAUGAUGGAAUCAUGUACAUAUUGAUUUGAAUAAGACUUAUGUAUAUAUCAUGUUAGAAGAUGUGUCAAUCAAUGAUGUAUAGUUUAUGUGUA